CACGGAAGCCUGAAGCUGGACUGCGCCGCCUGCACAUCAUAAGGUACCAGUGUCAAUCUGUACGCAGUAAGUAGUACAUAGUACUUAGUACCACUCUGCACUCUGCACUUGCGGGUUCCUGCCGCAGUCGCCGUGCUACUGCUCGUCGUCCUCAUCUUCAGCUUCAUCUUCUAUACAAACCUCCGUCUGGGACCUUCGGCUCGACAUCUUCUUCUCCCUCUCUUUUCCACGUCCCUUCAUUCUCCGCCCAUUCUUCGCUCGUUAUGUUUGUCGUCUCCCUGCUACUGGCCACCCUGGUCGCGCUCCAGUCGGUUGCUGCUUCGCCUGUUCACUCCCGCUUCGACUACGCUGUCAAGGAAUCUCACAAUGUCCCUCCAAAAUGGACCAAAGUGGGAAAUCCCCUUCCUGUCCAACGCUUGAAGCUGAAGAUUGGUCUGACGCCAAACAACUUUGACCAUCUUGAACGCCUUCUGCAUCAAGUGUCCGACCCAUCUCACCAUCGCUAUGGUCACCACUUGAGCCAACAACAAGUCCACGACCUCAUCACGCCCUCCAAUGAGACCACGGGCUUGAUUGAGGAGUGGCUCUCCGAGCAUGGCAUUGACUCUUGUCAUUACCAGUACAAUGCGGCCCGGGAUUGGAUCACUCUGACCCUCCCCGUAGCCCAGGUGGAACGACUUCUUCACACCAAAUACUCGGUCUAUCAGCAUCAAGAUGGCUCGCAGCUUGUUCGAACGACUGAAUGGUCUCUUCCGCGUUCGCUCCACGAGCAUGUUACCACCAUCCAGCCCACCACUGCAUUCCUUCGAGCAAAUCCGAGAGGGGAGACAGUACUGACUGUGCCCAUGGAGAUUGACCUUGACCAUCUCACCGUUGCCACAAACGCCAGCUCUCUCAGUCGUAUCUGCAACUUUGCCGGUAUGACCACCAAAUGCUUGAGUGCCCUGUACAACACCCAUAACUACACCGUCCAAGCAUCCGACAAGAACCAAGUUGGUUUCACCAACUAUUUGGGCCAGGUUUCCAGCCGUGACGAUGCCAAACUGUACUUGCAAAACUUCAGGCCUGAAGCCAUCAAUUCUUCGUACGCAGUCAACCAAGUCUCCGUUAACAACGGCCCUCUUGACAACGCCACUGCUAUACCGGGAGUGGAAGGCAAUCUAGACCUUCAAACUAUUCUAGGCCUUGUCUACCCUACUCCGGUCACUCUGUAUUCCACAGGAGGAUCACCACCGUUUGAUCCGGACACUUUCACAACUUCAAACACCAACGAGCCAUAUCUGACUUGGGUCCUGUAUAUGCGCGAACAAGACCGCAAUACCCUGCCCAGUGUCAUCUCCACUUCCUACGGCGACGACGAACAGACGGUGCCGGAGGAGUACGCGAAGACUGUGUGUAACCAGUUUGCCGCCCUCGGCGCCCAAGGUAUUUCGCUCUUCUUUAGUUCAGGGGACUACGGCGUCGGCGGAAAUGAUAGUUGCAUUUCCAACGACGGACAGAACCGCACCACUUUCCUUCCCGCCUUCCCUGCCUCUUGUCCUUACGUCACUGCUGUCGGUGGAACUCGAGACCUUCCAGAAGUCGUGGCCUACGACCCCCGCAACGGCUACGCCUCAGGAUCUGGAUUCAGCAACUACUUCACUCGUCCAUCUUGGCAGGACACAGCCGUGGAGCGAUACUUUGACUCAGCCGGCAAGCAGCUCGAGCAAUUCCAGGGCUUGUACAAUGCCACCGGCCGCGCAUAUCCUGAUUUGGCCGCACAGAGCUACAGAUAUCUCGUCUUUAUCAACUCCACUGUGACAAGUGUCGAUGGCACCAGUUGCGCGGCGCCUACCAUUGCUGGUAUCUUUGCGCUUGUCAACGAUGCCCUGGCUGCUAAUGGUAAGCCGCCCUUGGGAUGGCUGAACCCGUGGUUGUACCAGCAAGGCUUUGCCGCGUUCACGGACGUCGUCAAUGGAAGUAGCGUGGGUUGUGACGGACCUGGUUUCUCGGCAGCCGAGGGCUGGGACGUAGCCAGUGGGUUUGGGACACCAGACUUUGAGAAGAUCCUGGAGGUUCUCGAGGUCGGAAAUGGCACUGAGACUUAAAGUCCUAAUGACGGAGCUCUCUAUGGUCAUGGCUCGCACAGACUGCAUCUCGGAAUGUUGUGAAUCAAGUCGGUCCAGGAGGCUGCCUGGCGCAAAGAAUCUACCGGAUUUGACGCAGUCCCUCUUGAAUUGCAACACACACCUACGCCCUAUCAUUCAAUUUGCGACGGUCCUUCCAAUAAAGGCAAGGAUGAACACGGAUGGACAAUCCUCGCUAAAUAUGCUCGACUCCGUACCGAAUCAGUUACGGGUUUUAGCAGCCGAAGAUGGACGCGCCUGCGGCGACGGCCAUCAAUGAUGGAUGGAAGGAGACGACGACCCUGUGACUGUUGGUUGCGACACACACGACCAGAGUCUCGCAAGGAGACCACGUCAACCUGCUGUUCAGAGCUCCCAAUGCUGGUGCGGUUCAAGUUGCCAUCCGCCACCAGCUGCACCUUUUGCUUUAUUCUUGUCCUGACACGAAAAGAAAAGAUCAGAGAGCUACACUGCCCACUUUCCGGCGUCGAAGCUAACCUGAGCGUGGAUUACUCCCGCCUCCAUGCACCUCGACUCAGCACCUUACUAGGUCAUAAUAAUGUAGAAACAUAAUCACAAAAAUCACAAAGACGUACAAACUCGAAACGUGGACGGUAAAGGUUGUGUUCUUGCAUUUUCUGAUGCCAGAGUGGAGGUAACUGAUAUAAUGUACCGUAUCACAAGAAAGUUGGGUCGCCCGUAGGUAGAUACCAGAUCCGACACUGUUCGAGUCUCGGACCGAUGGAUCUCGACACCCUUGAAUCCCUAGCCUGCAGCGUAGAUGCCUGCUUCUUCCAUGGUAUAUACUACCACCACCACCACCAUCUGAUGCGGAGUCAAUCAUGUCACAGCUGGACCUUCA